AUGGAGCCUUCAAAGUCAUCACUACGCUUCCUAGCCCACCAAGCAUUCUUCACAGCCGUCCGAUCAGGCGACCUUGACUCUUUGAAACAGAUAGUGGGGUCUCAGCCAUCUGAUGUGUCUGAUCUAAUGUCUUUGCAGACUGAUGCAGGAGAGACUGCUUUGUAUAUAGCUGCUGAUCGUAAUCUGGAAGAUCUUUUUAGUUAUUUGAUAAAGCUUUGUGAUUUUGAAACUGUUAAGGUCAGGUCUAAGUCCGAUUUGGAUGCCUUCCAUCUUGCUUCUAAGAAGGGUCACUUGGGCAUUGUGAAGGAACUUUUGGCCAUGUGGCCAGAGCUUUGCAAGUUAUGUGACUCUUCCAUUACUAGCCCCCUUUAUUCAGCUGCUGUUAAAAACCACUUGGAUGUGGUGCGUGCCAUACUGGAUGCUGAUUUGAGCUCAAUGAGGAUAGUGCGUAAAAAUGGGAAAACUGCUUUGCACACAGCUGCCAGGUAUGGCCUUCUUGAUAUAGUGAAAGUGCUCAUAGACCGUGAUCCUGGAAUUGUCUGCAUCAAAGAUAAGAAAGGCCAAACUGCACUCCAUAUGGCUGUAAAGGGUCAGAGCACUUCCGUAGUGGAGGAGAUAUUACUUGCUGAUCACUCAAUACUAAAUGAGCGUGACAAGAAGGGUAACACGGCAGUGCAUAUAGCCACAAGGAAAUCUCGUCCCCAGAUAAUAAGCCUUUUGCUGAGCUAUACAUCUAUUGAUGUCAACAUCAUCAAUCAUCAGCAUGAAACUGCGAUGGAUUUGGCAGAUAAACUCCAAUAUGGAGUAUCUGCCUUGGAAAUCAAGGAAGCUCUCGUAGACGCUGGUGCCAAGCAUGCUAGGCAUGUUGGUCAAAUGGAUGAAGCGAUGGAACUUAAGAGGACAGUUAGUGAUAUCAAGCAUGAGGUGCAUUCACAACUUAUACAAAAUGAAAAAACCAACCGAAGAGUUUCUGGUAUUGCAAAAGAACUAAGGAAACUCCAUAGGGAAGCUGUCCAGAAUACAACCAACUCUAUCACUGUUGUUGCUGUUCUUUUUGCCUCGAUUGCUUUCUUGGCUGUCUUCAACUUGCCUGGGCAAUACAUACAGGAUGGAGCUGAAACAGGGAAAGCUAAUAUAGCUGACCAUGUUGGUUUCCAGGUGUUCUGCCUCUUAAAUGCAACAUCUCUCUUUAUAUCAUUAGCUGUUGUGGUAGUUCAGAUCACUUUGGUGGCCUGGGACACUCAGGCGCAAAAACAGGUGGUCUCCGUAGUUAACAAGCUGAUGUGGGCUGCCUGUGCUUGCACUUGUGGAGCAUUUCUGUCUAUAGCGUUUGUGGUUGUAGGAAAGAAACGUUCAUGGAUGGCUAUAACCAUAACCUUAACAGGGGCACCAAUUCUUGUUGGGACACUCGCAAGCAUGUGCUACUUUGUUUUCCGCCAGCAUUUUGGAGUUUUCCGUGACUCCCAGAGACGCAUAAAAAGGGCAAGUGGAAGCAAAUCGUUUUCUUGGUCAGUGUACUCAGCAAAUAUAUCAGAUCCUGACGAGUACAACUCCGAUCUGGAGAAGAUCUAUGCUUUAUAG